AUGUCGACGAUAAGCAGAUCUCGAACGAGUCUUUCACCUGCCACCUCUGAAAGAUCUACACUUCCUAUGGGCGCGUCCGCUGAGCCGGGCAGCCCGGAGUUCCAACCCUUAGAGCCGACGAGGGAGCAACUGCUUGCACAUUUCUUCGAGAGAUUCAAAUUCUACACAUCGCUCUGCCUUGGCACGUCAGCUAUACUCGCUGUUUUCGCAUUCUUAUUCUUAAUACCGUUCGUCGUAGAGCCAGCAAUACAGACGAUACUGGCCGAAUUCGCACCAGAAGCUGGUAUAUGCGCUGUAUCGGAUCACGUGUACGCUAACACACUGACGAACUGCACAUGGGCUUCCUGUAGAGAGGGUUGCACCACAACGCAUACAAAAUGCCACAAAAUCCGCGUGAAUCUAGCAAGGAGACCAUUCGAGGACAACACUCCUGUCCCAACUGAAUGGGACGCCACAGAUUUGAAAUUUCUGAUAAAUCCCGAAGGUUGUGGUUAUCCGCCACGAGUGAAUUGUUCAGAAUUUGCAAAUGAUUAUGCUGGAAAGAAAGCGCCUAAGAUUUUCCCUUGCUACUACAGUAUGACGAGACCAGACCUUGUGGUGGCGAGAUACUCCUGGGACACAACCAUCCGGGGUCUGGUGCUGGCUCUAGUGUUACCGACAACGGUCUUCGUCUUCAGUCUAAGUGUACUCGCGUAUUGGCAUUGCCAUUGCUGCGACAGAGCCUGCAAUAGGCGGGUACACGCAGAAUCAUAUGCUAGCAAAGAAGAGAAGAAUAUAAUUUUGAAGUUUGAUGCUGCAACCUCAUAG